GGCGCUCCGCGCGGGCUUCAUCUGAGGGCGCCCGGCCUGCGCCGGGAGCUGGGAGCGCCGGGGCGCGGGGCGACGAGCGGCCGGGCGGCGAUGGGCCGCGCCUGGGGCUUCCUGGGCGGCCUGCUGGGCGCGGUGUGGCUGCUCGCGUCGGGCCAGGGCGGACCGCAGGCUCCGGGGACCGCGGCGCAGCGCUGCUUCUGCCAGGUUAGCGGUUACUUGGAUGAUUGUACCUGUGAUAUUGAAACCAUUGAUAAAUUUAAUAACUACAGGCUUUUCCCAAGACUGCAAAAACUUCUUGAAAGUGACUACUUUAGAUAUUACAAGGUAAACCUGAAGAGGCCAUGCCCUUUCUGGAAUGAUAUCAGUCAGUGUGGAAGGAGGGACUGUGCGGUCAAGCCUUGUCAGUCUGAUGAAGUUCCUGAUGGAAUUAAAUCUGCGAGCUACAAGUACUCUGAAGAAGCCAAUAAUCUCAUUGAAGAAUGUGAACAAGCUGAACGACUUGGAGCAGUGGACGAAUCUCUGAGUGAGGAGACCCAAAAGGCUGUUCUUCAGUGGACCAAGCAUGAUGAUUCUGCAGACAACUUCUGUGAAGCCGAUGACAUUCAUUCUCCUGAUGCUGAAUAUGUAGAUUUGCUCCUUAAUCCCGAGCGCUACACAGGUUACAAGGGACCAGAUGCUUGGAAGAUAUGGAAUGUCAUCUAUGAAGAAAACUGUUUUAAGCCACAGACAAUUAAAAGACCUUUAAAUCCUUUGGCUUCUGGUCAAGGGAAAAGUAAAGAGAACACUUUUUACAGUUGGCUAGAAGGACUCUGUGUAGAAAAAAGAGCAUUCUACAGACUCAUAUCUGGUCUACACGCAAGCAUUAAUGUGCAUUUGAGUGCAAGAUAUCUUUUACAAGAAACCUGGUUGGAAAAGAAAUGGGGACACAACAUUACGGAAUUUCAGCAGCGGUUUGACGGAAUUUUGACCGAAGGAGAAGGUCCACGAAGGCUUAAGAACUUGUAUUUUCUCUACUUAAUAGAAUUAAGGGCUUUAUCUAAAGUGUUACCAUUUUUUGAGCGCCCAGAUUUUCAACUCUUCACUGGAAAUAAAAUUCAGGAUGCGGACAACAAAAUGUUACUUCUGGAAAUACUUCAUGAAAUCAAAUCAUUUCCAUUGCAUUUUGAUGAGAAUUCAUUUUUUGCUGGAGAUAAAAAAGAAGCACACAAACUAAAGGAGGACUUUCGACUGCAUUUUAGAAAUAUUUCAAGAAUCAUGGACUGUGUUGGUUGUUUCAAAUGUCGACUGUGGGGAAAGCUUCAGACUCAGGGUUUGGGUACUGCUCUGAAGAUCUUGUUUUCAGAGAAACUGAUAGCAAAUAUGCCAGAAAGUGGACCCAGUCACGAAUUCCAUCUAAGCAGACAAGAAAUAGUAUCAUUAUUUAAUGCAUUUGGAAGAAUAUCUACAAGUGUGAAAGAAUUAGAAAACUUCAGGAACUUGUUACAGAAUAUUCAUUAAAGAAAACAACUUGAAAUGUGCCUGUUUCUGGACAGUGGAGGCCAAAGAGUGGGAUUUCAUUCAAGGGCAAUGACAGUCUUAAGCCAAACAUUUUAUAUAAAGUUGCUUUUGUAAAGGGAGAAUUAUAUUGUUUUACGUAAACUUUUAAAUUGUGCUAAGUCUAUGUAUAAUAAUUGUGAAUAAAAGUAAUACUUUAAUAAUGUACAAAUUUUACAGUUCAGUGUUGAAUAAAAGCAGGAUUAUCAAUUU